AUGUACCUGAUGGAGGCAGGUACCUUUCUCCGUAUCUUUUGUAUGGGCCAUCGGCUGUACAUUCAUCAAUCGUCCACCCGCGUCAAUCCACAACCCACAAUCCAACCAUCCAUCUGCCAUCCAUCAUCCAUCGUUGCCAUCCACCCAUCCUCAGUCAUUCAGCGUCCAAAAGUCUCUCCGCUCUUCCAGUCAUCGCUCGUCUCGGCUCCUAGCAAGCAUCCCAGUGCCCGGGAACUCCACCGCUGUCAGAAGUCACUCCAGUUCUCCCAGAUCCGCCUCCGUUUCCUCCUGAGCCUCUGGAGAUCCUCCCGUUACCUAUUUGGCACGCCUUCCCCCCCUUCUCCAUCUCGUCUUUCGCUUGAGCUGCCCGUCCAACGCAACUUGCGAACAUCAACCCACGAAAACAACUCCACCUGCGUACUGGACACUGGUUGCGCUGCUGCACCUCGAGGGGAAAGCCCAGAGAUAGGAGCCACGACCCACGAUCGACCACCCGUCCGACUCUGGCCCUCGCCCUCGCCCUACGUAUCCGGCUGCUUCUCUCGCCCUCUUUUGCCAUCCAUAUCCGCAUCUGCAUCUCUCGCCUCUGCUCUCCUCUAUUUGCCUCUCCCUCACACUCUCUCUCACUCGAUUCACAACUCUGAACCAUAA